UUCUCGGCUCCCGCCCCCAGGGAAUUUGAAUACUGUGGGAAGCGUCCGGUUCUUGGAGAAUCCCCGGGGCGGGGUGCAGGGGCGCGCCCGACGCAAAAUGGUUAAAACAAAGUCCGCGCGCGCCCCGGGGCUCCUCGCAUGAAAUGUGCGCGCUGGCGACCGGGCACCUCUGUGCGAAUCUGAGGGACUACCGAGAGGAUGGGAUGGAUCUAGGCAGUGACGCCGGCAGCAGCAGCAGCAGCCGCUCCAGUUCGCAGUCCAACUCCACCAAAGUGACCCCUUGCUCGGAGUGCAAAUCCUCGUCGUCGCCGGGGGGCAGCCUGGACCUGGUAUCUGCCCUAGAGGACUAUGAAGCGCCCUUCCCGGUCUACCAGAAGGUGAUUGAUGAGUGGGCGCCGGAGGAGGACCGUGAGGAGGAGGAAGAGGAAGACGAGCGAGGGUACCAGGAUGACCGCUGUCCGGCCCGGGAGUCCGGGGACCUGAGCGCCAGGACCCAUAGCGGCAGCGGCGGGGCCCGGAGCGUCACCACUGUCACGCCGCUCCCAAUGCCCAACGGCAACCUCCGCCCCUACGAACCCCAGGACCUCAGGCACAAUGGCAAUGUGGUUGUGGCCGGCCGGCAGAGCGGCCCCCGGGGCCCCGGGCGGGCGAUCCAGAAGCCCCAGCCGGCGGAGGGCCGGCGCGGCGGCAGGGGCCCGGUGGCAGGGGGGCCCUGUCUUCAGCCCCCGGACGGCGGGACUUUCGUCCCCGAAGAGCCCCCGGUGCCCCCAAUGGACUGGGAGGCGCUAGAGAAGCAUCUGGCCGGGCUGCAGUUCCGGGAGCAGGAGGUGCGAAACCAGGGCCAAGCGAGGACCAACUCCACCUCCGCCAUGGCAGAGCUGAUGGAUGUGGAGCACACUCGCUGGGCACCCAUCCAGAAAAUCGUGUCUGCUGCUUGCUUUCCAUACUUGGAUGCUGUUCUGUUGGUGGUGGGCAUGUCCCAGCUCUCUCAGGCCUCGCCACCUCUCCCACCACCUCCGGCAAAGCCCACAGGAGUAGGCAGCAUGCACAAUAGUGGAGUGGAAUUAAUGGGUUGA